UAUCCACCUACACAACUGCACAUUCAAUCUGCUUCUGUCUCUGCACUGCACCAUCAACAUCUCCUCCUACAUUUAGCACGUUUCCUUCCCUCCUAUGAUUCAUAUGCAUGUCCGUUCUAGGCCAGUGGGUCUCAUUAAUCCGUGGGAAGUUAAUUUACACUGGAUGACCUCUUGCAGAAUUCGCUCCACUCGCCACUUAACUAAGCUGUCGCCUACUACAGUAACCCUGUCCUCGAGGCGACAUCCUUUUGAUUUAUCUCCCUUUUUCCAUCUCGCCGCUCAACCCGCCGCGUCCUCUUUAUCUGCCUCUUCAUCGCUCUCCAGCUCCCUUUCAGCUGAUGGAGCUUAUUGUGGACAAAUAGGCUUAGGAGCAUCACUAUGGCAACGGGGAAUCGUAAAAAGCUACAUAAGCACUUCAUCAUGGGCUGUGAUCCAAUGGCUCCCAUUGGAGAUGGUGCCCCCAACCUCCUGCAACAAGUAAGGGCAGGCCAGAGAGGCUCUCAGGAGGGAGGGAGAGAGAGAGGUGGAGAUAAUACUGUGGGACGGUGAGAGUACACUCACUCAGUCGCUCUUCUCUCUUCAGCAUCCAUCAAGAUAUCUGCUUUCUGAGGACUUUUCUCCGUCUGCUUCUCAGUGAUUUCGAUUCUUGUGGAGUCGAAGAAAAACUCAGAGAUAAGAAGAAGACGUAGUAGAAGUAGAAGAAGAGGGGCCUUGCAGAGAAGAACAAAAGGUCAUGGCCUCCUGGUUCAACUGGAACGAGCCGUAUUACCGGAGCCCUCGGCGGGACCCGGCUGACGUGGUCACCGACACCCUGAUGUUGGAGUUUAGUUGGCAGCUGAAGGAGGCGGAGAGGCUGCAGAGAGAGAGGGAGAGCGAGUACCGGCGCCUCAAGACGGGAGUGGACUACAGCUGGCUGGCCAGCACGCCUCGCUCCUCCUUCAGCAUCAACACGGGGGAGAAGCUCGGCCUGGAGGACCUCUGCUCCAAGGUGCCGCCGUCCUGCUGUGGCCUGGUCAUACUCAAGUUCAGGGAGGCUCUGCAGGCCAACGAGCCCGAGGUGCAGGAGGUGCCCGGCCUGUUUCGCUCCGUCCUCCUGGAGUCUCUGGAUCACCUGAAGGAGGAGCGGGAAGCUCAGCGGCUCGCCCGCCAGUGGAACAACAAACGCGCCAUGAGCACGUCUCUCGUGAACUUCAGAUCCCGCAUCAAGAUCAACCCGUUCGGGAGCACGGUGGGCUUGACCUCGGCUGCGGCCGCGGCUGCCGACGUGGCCGGGAUGAGCGACCUCAAAACGGUGUCGGAGGACGUGGAGAGAGGGAUGGAGGUGGAGGAGAGGGCGCAGAGGGUGUGGAGCAUGCCUGAUUUCAGAUACAAAGGAGCGAACAGCAGUAAGGUCGUCUGAUGUGAGGCGUUCAUGGGAACGGUGACUGACGGGCUGUUUCAGUGGGACAAACGCUGAUCUCCAGGACCGCUCUGCUGCAGGAUGAACACUUUGCAGCCGGCGAGGAAGGAUGAAGCUCAGCAUCCUCCUCCUCUUACUCUUUUCAGUGUGAGACAUUUACUGCUUUAUCUUUACACCUGCACAGGGUGAGGUGUUUUUUCCUCACAUCCUCUGUCAACAUAUUUCAGAGAUUAUCACCUCUUGCAGCGAUGCAUCUUGUAUUUGUAGACAUUUGCAUUGAAGCACUGAGGGCUGUAGCCUGGUAGGGAUAUCUGUGUAACUUAAAAAAAACAUCCUUGACUCCUGAAUGUUGCAGGAACAAAUCAAAUAUGUCGGUGCUGUUACGUCGUUCGGAGGGCGAGUCGCGCUCUUCGUCAUCCAAGGUCAGCGAGCUGAAAGCUUUUCUUCCUCACAAAGAAACGUUACCCGACCUUCAUGAAUGAAACAUUUCAAAGUAAAAUCUUUCCAGCAGUU